AUGAGUAAUUCUCUGACAUAAUUUUAGAAUUCAUUCUAACUAAAAUCAAUUGAAUAAUUGUUUAAUUGUGAAAAAACCGAUUAAAAUCAAGAUAUUUAUUCAGAAAUUAUUUCGAAUCUCGCUUCUGAUUUUACCUUAAUAAAUCAGAAAUUUGUAAUUGAAUGGAUUUAAUUUACAAAAAAAUUAUAAAAUUUGUUAAUAGAAGCAGAGGUUAAACUAAAGGUAUUAAUAAUAAUUUAGAAUAAUCUAGAGAGCUGAAAUGGUUGGUACAAAAACUACAUAUUAAUUGGUGCACUAAGAUUAAGUAUCUUUAAAUUUGUAAUAAUAAUAAAUAAGUGAUAUAAUUAAAAACCUAUAAUCGUAGAUCGAAAAGAAAAAGAUUAAUAUCCCUAAUUUAGAUUCAGAGUAAAUAAAAACAGCAAAAUUUGAAAAUGACGAAAAUAUCAAAUAUAUUGAAAAACUUCUUUAAAAGUUAAAUGAGUACAAUAUGGUUCUACUAAAACAAACAUUAAAUCCUACAUAUAGUUUUCAAGUUGAGUCAUAUGAUGUUUCUUAAAUCUUUUCAGAUGAAACCACCUUUAGGACUCAUUAGCAAUAAUAAUAAAUAUCAAACUUAGAUACCUUUAAAUAGUAAGAAUGA